CCUCGAUACCUGUGUAUCAGUGCAACACACUUGUUCCUGUAGCAGCACGCGUCCUGGUGCGUUUAUUGUCCGUGCUGCGAGUCCUGCUGGUGCUUCAAGACGUUUAGGGUAAAGAUAAACGAUACAAGAAAAAUUGAUUUUUUAGACUGGUAAAGUACUAAACACAAAGAAGCCUCGCCCUUCAAAGGUAGAACUGAUUAACGAUGCAUUCAACGACGAUAACCACCGCUGUGGUUUUAGCAACAAUAUACGUAGUUUGCGCAGCGGAAGACCACCACAAAAGAGCUCCUUCGGGUUUCACCGGUGUCCGAGGGAAGAAGUCCAUACCGGAUUCAGCGUACUCGACCGGUAAUUCCGAAAGCGACUCUACACCAGAACUUAAGGCUGUCGACAUCGUUUCCGAUGUAGGAGCAGUCGACAAGAGAGCGCCUUCGGGCUUUAUGGGGAUGAGGGGCAAAAAGCCGUUUUCGCUCUGGGAAGGAACUUAUCCGGAUGAGGUGUUCAAGAGAGCGCCUUCAGGAUUUAUGGGAAUGAGAGGCAAGAAGGACAUGGAGUUCGCCAAUUACGAUGAAUACAUCAAGCGGGCCCCGUCGGGCUUCAUGGGGAUGAGGGGUAAAAAAGAAUACGAGAGUUUAUCCAGCCUGUACGACAAGAGGGCCCCCAUGGGUUUUGUAGGAAUGCGAGGCAAGAAAGACUACGACGAAAUCGCGGAAGACAAGAGAGCCCCUUCUGGAUUCUUCGGGAUGCGAGGGAAGAAAAUGCCCCGACAAUCGGGAUUUUUCGGGAUGCGAGGAAAAAAAUACCCGUACCAAUUCCGGGGAAAAUUCGUAGGGGUUAGGGGGAAAAAAGCGAGCGACGGCCCAGACAGCGACUAUUACAACAACGUGGAUUUAAGCACCUUAGGGCAAGAGCUGGAUUUAAAUCAGCUGAUGCUGCUUCUGACUGAAAAUGAUGGGGAGAGUGAUAUUUGGAACGGAAACAAUGAAGUGGGCCAGUACAGCCAAACCCAAAAGUGAAUAAUUUUUAAGUUCAAACCAACUUCUAGUCGUCAGAUUCUAGUCAGCAAACCUAGCAUAAAAUAGAAAUAUUUGUCAAUAUUACAAAAUGUUCCACAAAAGUUGCUGGAUUUCAAGUUUUUAAUUGUAUUUAAUUUAUAAGUAAAUUGUUGUAUAAAGUGGAGAGUGAGUUCAAAUUUAUCAAUUGGACGAAGCCGAAUUCCAGGAUACUUUAUUUUUGCAUAUUUUUGGCUUCAUCAAAUUGAUACCUACGGCUUUAUGGUUUUUCCUUAGAGGCUGGAUUUGGAAAAAUCAACAAAUUAUGUUUCGAAUUUAUCUCGCAAUAAGCGUUUUUUUGAUGAACCAACUUAUAAAAAUAAGUAAAAACACAUAUCAAUCGAAAACUUCUCAGUUUACCAAAUUUUUUUUUUGUCACGAUAGUUCUUUCGAGAAAUCAAGAUGGACUAAUUCACUGUAUGUAUUUUCAAACUUCUAUAUUGAUUCUAUUCUAUUUUAUUGUAGAUAGGAAAAAAUUAUAUUUAUUAAGUAUUAAUAUAAUAGAAUAUAUUCUGUUAUGUAUAUUUACUGUGACUUAAUAAAAUUAUUAGAGUUUGAGAAGCAA